GGGUGGAAAAUAUACACGGCAGCUCGCAGUGGCGGCAGCUCUGCGGGAGGAUCGGCACCCUGGCCAUGCUCUGAUGGGUACCAUGGACUUUAAGACAGAUCCCAGCGCAGUAAUGAUCAAUUUGCUACUGAUUGUCCACCCUGAGGAGACAGCGAGCAACCAGAAAGGGCAGGGCGAGAGGCAGACGUCGAGCGGCCGAGGCGCAGGUUUGCAGGAUGAUGGCAAUGGAAACAGCAGGCUGCAGCUACCUCAGGGGAAAGACCUCAAUGGGCGGCGAGUCUCCAGGGAGCCCUGUGAGAAGACGCAAGCCAUUACUUCUUACACUAACGAAGGAACCCAAGUGACGGUGGAGAUUCAUCCCAAGGAUUCCACCCCACAACUCUUCAAGAAACUCUCCUCUGGAAAAGGUGUCCGGAGGUUGCCCAGCCUAAGAGGUCAGGACAACAAAGGUUUCCAGAGGACAGAAGCCCCACGGCCACCAGGAGGGAAAGACCUGCAUGCAUAUCCAUGGGACAAAUCCUCUUUGAAAUCCAUGCCAGUAGAUCUGCAGCAAUUUGAGAAGCUGGAUGCCUACGCAUUAAAAGUAAAUGUCAAGAACAGCGUAGAGGAACUCGUUAAAGCUCUGCUUAAACAAGCCCGGACCGAUCUGGAGAAAGUCCGAGCCAUUUGGAUGUGGAUUUGCCAUCACAUAGAAUACGACGUAGUGGGCUACCAUAACAAAAGCCAGCUGUCGUGCAAACCCAUAGAUGUGCUUCAGGCAGGGAAGAGCAUUUGCGAGGGAUAUGCUGGGCUCUUCGAACAAAUGUGCAGUAUUGCAGGAAUCCAGUGCAUGAAGCUAUCGGGAUACUCUAAGGGGUACGGCUACAAGGUGGGGCAGACCUUUACAGGGGACUCUGACCAUGCCUGGAAUGCCGUCUACCUUGAUGAAAGGUGGCAUUUACUCGACAGCACUUGGGGAAGCGGUUCUGUUGAUGACUCCUUCACCAAGUUCACCUUCAGGUACAAUGAGUUUUAUUUUCUGACACACCCAGCCCUCUUCAUUAACAACCACUUCCCCGAUAACAGUAACUGGCAGCUUCUUAAACCAACUCUGACGCUGAAAGACUUUGAGAGCAACAUGCUGCACAACAGCAAUUUCUACAUGUUGGGCCUGUUGACCGCUCAUCCAGAAACAGCCGUCAUCCAGACAGUAAAUGGAAAAGCCUCUGUCUCAGUGGAUUGCCGUUCUGCCACAUUAUUUACGUUUAAGCUGAAGGGAACAGAUGAACAUGGUUUAAUGACUUUGAAAAAACACGGAAUGAAGCUGGAAAUCUACCCGCAGAAGACAGGGAGUCACAAGCUGCAGAUCUUUGCCAAGCCCUCCAAAGCCUCCGAAGAGGUCUACAACUGUGUGUUAGAAUACAUUGUGGAAUGCAAAUCUGUGGAUAAGGCCAUGCAUUUCCCAAAGGACCUGCAUCAGCCUGUUGGACCAAGCUGGUUCACAGAGCGGCAAGGGUUCCUGAGGCCGUCGCACCCCGACCCUAUCAUUCACACCAACGACGGGCGGUGUUCUGUCACCUUCACGCUGGGCAAAGACAUAAGUGUCUUAUCCUCGCUGCACUGUGACAACAGCAGCCUGACAGAGGACAUGAGAAGGCAGCACAUCAUGCAAAUCCACCGCGGGAACCAAAUUGAGUUGAAGAUCCAUCUUCCCCACGCAGGGAACUUUGCUCUGAAAAUCUAUGCCAAGAAGAAGUCAGAUCCUGGCAAUUAUGACUACAUCUUCAACUACCUCAUCACUUGUCUGAACACUGAAGUGAAGUGGCCAGCUUUUCCUCAGAGUUACAGCAAGUGGGCGGAAGACUAUGAGAUCCUGGAGCCACUCUCCGGCUUGCUGCCAGCGAACCGCAACGUGCAAUUUAAACUCAAAAUGCAUGGGAUAGCAAAGGUGCUAGUUCAAGCUGAGAACGCGUACCCUCUCACCCAGAGCAGGGGCUACUGGGAAGGAACCUGCAACACCUCAGGGUGCAGAGAGGUGUUUGUGAUGGUGCACGAGAACGCAAACCAUAGCUUUUACUCACACGUCCUGAAAUACGAAGUUGAGACACAGUAAAUGUCCUCUCCUCUUUCUUUCACUCACCUGUGUGAACCAACAUUUCCAAUGUGCCCCAAACCAAGACAGCUUUAGGAGACUGCUCGUUCUCUCAAUCAAAUCUGUUCUUCCAAUGAAUGCAUGGUGACACUUGCAGGCUUUUGCAAGACUAAGGGCUCAAAGAAGUUCAAAGAAGCAGAAAAUCCUAUUAAGAAGGGAGCAGCAGUGGAAGAAAUUAAAUAAACCCCUCACCUAUGUUUCAGUAACACCGUCCAGACAAACAUUUUGAAGAAAACAACUGACCGCCUGGCUGUCAGCCAUACUGUGCCAAACAAGCCGAACUUCCAAGUUACGGACCAUAAGAAAAGUCUUACAAUGGCUACCCCGAGAAGAUUCCACCAUAUGGGGCAGGAUGCAGAACGUACACCCUGGUUUUGAGCAGCAAUAUUGGACACGAGGAACUUUAGGCUAUCUAAACUGAGCUUCUCUGUAUCUUUAGUCAAGUUGCACAUCCCAGGAGUGAAAAGUAUUAGGGAAAAGAUACAACGUGAAGUUCUUGUGCACUUCAUGGUCUUACAAAUUUAAGUGAUACUGCGAAAGGACAUUUUACACUGACUCUUAAAUACAAUAAACAAAAUCAUUUUUAUCUUUUUAUAUUAGCGUAUUUGCAUUGUAAACACUUUUUCUGCAAUGUUAAUGUUGUAAUCGUAUCUCAAGCAUAUCGGUGUUUCCAUAACUAAAACUACAGUAAAAUGGAGAAUAAAGCUCUCAAAACCCACUCCUCGCUCCAACUUUUCUGUGCGAUGCCACAGCAAAAGAAUUAAGCGGCUCUGUGGAACAGCAGGCUGAGUGGCGUUAAUGUUUGGUGCUGCACAUCUGGGAAAACCCUACACACACAAGGCAAAGGUGGUCUUCUAGGGACUCUCAUCACAAACACACAUCAUAAGGAACAAUUUCAUCAAAGAUUCACACACUCAUAGGUGUUAGCGUGACCUGAGAGUUACUCUGAGCUAGAAUUUAAAAGAAAUCUGGUAUGGUUUUGCAUUUUAUUUCCUUGGCCAAACGAUAUGAACUCUUCACCAGGCUACUGUGUUUUCCAUACAAAAUAGGUGGGUUAUUCCUAUGCUGCCCCCAUCCUCAGCACCGUGGAGGCAGAAUUUAUCCAGGAGAGCAAAGUGCUCCCUGCCUUCAACCCCUCACAUGCGACUCCCCCUACCCCAGCAACCAGGUAUAGGUCCCAAUUUUAAUCACGUUCAGCGAGUACCCAGGGUACUGGGAGCCAUAUGCACGAAGCAGAACUCUCUGCAAGGAUGCCAGCUGCUGCAGACACGAGCUGCUAGUGUCAACACGCAGUGUAAGCUAACAAAGCUUCCUCUAGGAUACCAGGAGCACAGCAGUGCUUUGGGCUCUCUCUGCCUGGAAACAAGGAGGCUCCAUAUGUGACAUAAAAGUAGGUUUUGAGUCCUUCCCCAAACAGCUGAGUGCCUUUGCCCUCAAAAUCUGGCAGCAGCAGCAGCUCCUCCCUGCAGGAACACAGAUAAGACUUGCAGCUCAGCAGGUUCCAUUCCCGGGACAGAACCCAUACUGAACCGCACAGAUGCAACAAAGACCCAAAGGUUUUUUUGAUAGUCUCUGACCUUGAAGGCUAAGGUGAACCUUGUCUGCAAGCACAGACAGCCCUGGUUUAUUUUUGUGCCUAACAGAAGGGUUCUUUUUACUUAGAUCCCAUUUUUUAGAUCAAGGAGGCCACAUUUCAGCAGCUUUCCUUUCACGGGUCACGCUGACCCAGUCAAACCUGUCACUUCUUACAAAGGGAGGAUAAGGAGGUGUCCUCAAGAGCUUAGGAACUACAGAGAAUGACUUAUUUCCACAUAACAGUGUCAAGGAUACCCAACCACCCAGACCCUUCACGGAACCGAACACCCAAUGUUGACACACCCAUGUGCGUACAGGCACAGUGAUGGGCAGCCGCGGCAAAGCCUCUCCGCAGGGUGACACAUGUGUGGAUGCUGCCCCUGCUCCUCACCUUGAAGACUCCUUGUGACAAGAUCUCUCUCCAAACCCAUGCGCUCUGCUUCUGUCUCAGGAUGGUGAGGGGUGGGAUUAUCUCACAGGAUUAUAGAGGACAGUUUAGACACUAUUAGCCCCUACCUAGCAAGGUGUCAGGGAGCAUCCUGAGAACAGACUGGGAGGACCCAUGAAGAGAAGGACUUGGGGUGCUGGGGAAGGAGUUCAACAUAAGCCAGCAACGUGCACGUACAGCACCGAAACCAACCGUGUCCUAGGCUGCAUCCAGAGCAGUAGUACCAGCAGGAAGGGAGGGGAUUCUGCCCCUCUGCUCCACUCUGUGAGACCCACCUGGAGCCCUGGGUCCAGCUCUGGAGUCCUCAGCACAGGGAGGACAUGGAGUUGUUGGAGCGAGUCCAGAGGAGGUCACAGAGAUGAUCCAAAGACUGGAGCACCUCUCAUACAAGGACAGGCUGGGAGAGUUGGGGUUGUUCAGCCUGAGGAAGAGAAGGCUCUGGGGAGACCUUAGAGCAGCUUCCAGUGCCGAAAGGGGCUCCAGGAAAGCUGGGGAGGGGCUCUGGAUCAGUGAGAGGUGUCCCUACCCAUGGCAGGGAGUUGGAACUGGACGGGCUUUAAGGUCCCUUCCAACCCAACCCAUUGCACAAUUCUGUGAUUCCCACCUCUUCCUGCCCAACACUGCAAAACCCAGGUACCUGCAAUCACAUGCACGUUUACAGGCACAAACGCACUCAUUUAAUCCAUCAGAGUACACAGCGACUCAAAGCACCAUCACACUCAUGGAAGAACAUCUGUAAAGUUCUCUCCUGGCAGGCCUCAGAAUCAUAGAAUUAUGGAAUCAUUAAGGUUGGAGACAACCUCUAGGAUCGUUAGCCCAACUCCACCCUGCCUGUUAAAGUACAUCGCCAAAGUGCCGCAGCUACAUGCUUUUUGAACCCUUUCACGGAUAGAGACUCCACCCCUGCCCCGAGCAGCCUCUGCCAGGGCUUCACCACUCUGACAGUGAAGAAAUUGUUCUAAACCUCCCCUGGUGCAAUUUGAUGCCAUUUCCUCUCAUCCUAUCCCUUGUUACUUGGCAGAAGAGCCCAAAACCCAACUCCAAAAUCCAACUCACUGAACAGUUCUGUAACCCCUACGUCACCGAGAGGUACAAUCACUUAACCCUAUGAGUGCAGAUCACUCAGUUUUGCGAGCUUAUUUCUCAGUGCAGGUAAAUUAAAUUUGUGAGGAAUAAGUUUCUCUCCUUGGUAAGGGUAUCUGCACAUCCGUCCCUUCAGGUCCCUCACACAGGGAAUGCACCAAACUCUCCACUGUUUCUAUGACUGCUGUGAGAUAGGCACACGCUUAAAAACAGGAGCAGGAAAUCGUUCAACUCGUCACUCUGCCUUGCUGAACCCUUGUUCUCCGCUCUGCUGUCCAUGCACAGCAACUCCAGAAACAGCAGCCACGCCAGAACCAACAACACUGCACAAAGAGAGAGUGGGAAGGACGGAGCAUACACCAGCACAGAGGAGUCAUCCAGCAGUUCCCCUGUCACUAACGUUACUCUUUAGAUGAAAUCUUUACAGCCCACUCCCUGAAAGGAGCUGCUGAUUACAUGUAUUAGAAACCAAUAAAUACUGUAGGAUCAUAGCUGCUAAUUAAACUAAUGGAUCAUCUUCAGUUUCAGUCUUCUCCUCUGCCAACACAAAGAUGAACUGCCAAAUAUCUCUAAAGAAUAGUGAUGUUUGCUUCCAUAUCCCUUAUGAGCCAAAAUGACUUUUAAACUCCUGAAAACACUCAGCAGAUGAUGUAGUUCACUGCAUAAAUCUUCAGGAAACAGAUUGAGAUGAGAUCUUGGGGAGAUACGUUUUGCCAUGAGGUUGGGGAGGCCCUGGCCCAGGUUGCCCAGGGAAGCUGUGGCUGCUCCAUCCCUGGAGGCGUUCAAGGCCAGGUUGGAUGGGGCUUGGAGCAGCCUGAUCCAGUGGGAGGUGUCCCUGCCCAUGGCAGGAUGGGCUUUGAGGUCCCUUGCAACUCGAACCAUUCUGUGACAUAAAAAUUGCUAUUGCUGUCGCCAUGGAAGAGGAAGAGUUUUUCAACUCUGAAAUGCAGAAGGGCUUGACCAAGGGCAGUCUCAUUUAUGGGAGGACAGAGGCUGUAGACAGGCACCACCUCUGCUCAGCUCAUCUGCCUCAUGUGAGCACUGGCUUUUGCACGGGUACUUUGCUUUUGAAUCCAUAUGUCUUGAUAGCCUUAAGCUGCUCCAGGACAAAGUGAAGCCAACAGGAAGGAACACAAACGUUAGAGAUGGAACAGGGGAUGUUUCCAUCCCUCAGUCUGCCUGUACAAAAGCUGUAAAGGCUCAGCCCUAGAAGAACUGCAGAGCACCCCUGGAAGAAAGGCAAGUCUAUAGGAAACCGGUUCUGUUCACUCAUUUACAACUUACUUUCCUUGAGGAAGGACUGAAUAUAUUCCUCCAAACAGGUCACAGAUGUGUUAAUGCAGCAGUCCAGCCUGACUGGACAGUGUCCGACACUGCCCAGACUCAAACCAGGCCGAUACUGGCUUACACAGCAGCUGCAAAUCUGUCUGUCAUGCAGAUGAAUCACAUUUGUGGGUUCUCCUCCCAUAUAAUUUCAUUUCCAGUUUCAACUGCUCUCCCUCCUUUCACAAGAAGCUGUGACCACAACCAGAACACAGCCAUUCGUCCCUCAG